AGGAGGAGGUGCACGAUCAUCGGCCACCCUCGCCUUGUAUAUCAACUCAUUUUCGGUUUUGUUAGACUGAGUAAACAGCACCGCCCGGUGCUUGUUUGUUUCUACAGCUUGAACGAUCCAUCGCAGAGCGCCGGGCUCGAUUGACACUGUCUGCUCAUCUACUGCUGCCCAUCGCUCGCAAUAACAAGGCUUGCUCGCUAAUUCCCGUCCAAACAGCCACCGAAAAAGCCCACAGGGCAGGCAAGAACGGAGUCUGUACCUCGCUAUGGCUUCGGGAGACCUAUACGAGGUGGAGCGUAUUGUAGACAAGAGGCGCAACAAGAAGGGUAAGUGGGAGUACCUGAUCCGGUGGAAGGGCUAUGGAAGUAAAGAAGACACCUGGGAGCCGGAGCACCACCUACUGCACUGCGAAGAGUUCAUCGAUCACUUCAACAGCUUGCGACUACACCCUCACAAACAGCCCAAAAUUACCAAAACUACAGCAAACAGCCACCCGCAGACCAUAGAAAAUUCCAGAGCUCGGACCGAAGCGCGAAAGAAGAAAAGUGGUAGCGAGCCAGCCGCUGGGGAUCGAGUUGGAACUGUUUUAGGGAUCACAAGUGGAGGAUCAGCUGCCGUUCACAAGCAGAGGAAGGUUGGCGAAGGGCCUGGUAGGCAUGCUUUGCGGGACAAAAUGAGCAAAGCCAUGACUUUUAAGACUCCUCCACUAGGCGCCCCUCGCUUUGUGGCCUCACUGAGGGAGCCACAUAAUGGACUUCAAAAUGGAGAUGUGGAGCCGCACAUGUACAGGACUGCUUCAAGGUCACACAGAGCAUCUUCAGACAGAGUGGAUAGAGACCUGGGAGAAAUAGAUACUACUGAAUUAGGCUCCCCUCUGGCCAACAGCAAGUUGCAUCUGCACAGCUCAGUAAAACGCAAGCUGGCAGAGGAGAAGUGCUACGUGUUUGACAAGCGGCUCAGGUACAACGUGCGACAGAACGAGAGCAACUGUCGAUUCCGGGACAUCGUAGUACGGAAGGAGGAUGGUUUCACGCAUGUCCUCCUUUCUAGCCAAACAACGGACAACAACGCUCUGACACCAGAGAUCAUGAAAGAGGUAUGUCGGGCUCUGGGAAAUGCGGCGGCCGAUGAUAGUAAACUGUUAUUGCUCAGCUCUGUGGGGACGGUCUUCUGCAGUGGUCUGGAUCCGUCCUACCUGAUAGGCCGUCUGUCGACCGACCGCAGGAAAGAAAGUAGUCGCAUUGCAGAUGCCGUAAGGGACUUUGUGUUGGCCUUCAUACGCUUCAAAAAGCCCAUUGUAGUGGCAAUCAAUGGACCUGCCCUGGGCUUGGGAGCUUCCAUCCUGCCCCUAUGUGAUGUGGUAUGGGCCAGUGAGAGAGCCUGGUUCCAAACUCCAUGUGCCGCCCUCCACCUCACUCCCUGUGGUUGCUCCUCUUACACUUUCCCCCAGAUCCUGGGUGUAGCUUUGGCCAAUGAGAUGCUGUUCUGUAGCAGAAAGCUCACAGCACAAGAAGCAUGCAGUCGCGGUCUGGUGUCGCAGGUCUUCUGGCCAACCACAUUUAAUCAGGAAGUGAUGCUGCGCGUCAAGGAGAUGGCAUCAUGCAAUGCCAUGGUUCUAGAGGAAUCCAAAUGCCUGGUGAGGAGAAUUCUCCUGCGUGUUCUGGAGGAAGUGAACGAGAAGGAGUGUCAGAUGCUGAAGCAGCUGUGGUGUUCCACCAAAGGACUGGAGGCGCUGUACAGCUACUUGCAUAACAAAGCGUAUGAGAAGUGACCACAAACUGAAGAAGCAGUUGAAAUGUUGGCCUUUGUUUCCAUCCAUCAGCACAGAAGAAGCCUGGGAUUGAGUGUUCUUCUUUAUCAGUCUUUUAAAAGCCCUUUUUUGUAAACUGGAUCAUCCAGUUAUUGAUUCUCUUUUCAAAAGGGGACCAAACGUGCAUUAGUUGAUAUGAACAUCAAACAGGGCUCUGGAGAACGGUACAGUGGGUUUCUGUACAUACACAUGUGAAAAUGUAUCAGGAUGCAGGAUGCAUCAAUUGAUGUCUGAUUAGCACAUGACAAAGUGAUGAUAAUAUAUAGGAAUAUAUAUUUAUUUGCGUCCAAAAGUUGAUAUAUAUGAGAUAUAUAUUUAAGGCUGGAUUAACACUGCAUGUCUUAGUGACCUUUUCUAAUUUGUUGUUUGGCUAGACAUGGGUGUGUAAAACCUCAUCAACGUAUCUCAGUGACAUCAGGCUCUCAUUGACAGGGUACAUCCAAUAUGGCCAUUUUCCAAUUCUGAAUUGUGUCACUUGGACCACCAUGUAGUGUAAAUCCAGCCAUAGUUGCCUGCUAUGUUGACAUGAAGUGAAAACCAAAGUUUGCAUGAGGACACGGCUUCUUUACAGACCGUGCAAACAUUUUAAUUUAUCAUUUUUCACAGCAAUCAUUUUCACACAGUAAACAGGCCAGACAAUUAGUAGGAUUAAAGCCGCACGGUGGCCUCGUGGUUGGCAUGUUGGCCACACAGUCAGGAGAUCUGAAAGAUCUGGGUUCGACAUCUCUGUGUGGAGUUUGCAUGUUCUCCCCGUGCGUGUGUGGGUUUUCUCCGGGUACUCCGGCUUCCUCACACAUUCCAAAAACAUGCAUGUUAGGUUAAUUGGCGACUCUAAAUUGUCCGUAGGUAUGAAUGCAUGUGUGAAAGGUCGUUUGUCUAUAUGUGCCCUGCUAUUAAGCGGCAUAGAAAGUAUAUGGAUGGAUGGACAGCCAUAAUACUGUACAAAAGUGAUUUCAAACAACCUUUGUGGAGGGGGGAGGCAUGGGACAAAGAAGAAGCCAUAUUGGUGAGCAUCCUGAUAAAAUAAAAUAACAAAUACAGUAACGUUUUAUUAUAGUUUUGAGUCACUAUGGCAUUGCUUCUCAAGUAUUGGGGCGGGCCCACCUGGGAGGGUGCGGUGAAAGGCAGGGAGGACUAUACUUACAAAAUUUCUUCUGGUUCUCAAUGGGGCAUGGAGUAGCCAAUACACUUGUCCCCCAGAUGACUAAUUAGAGCUGUUCCUCUGAUGUGCUCCUUUCGAAUCCAGCCCAUCCUCAUCACUCCCAACAUAAAUCUAAGCAUCUUCAGCUCUGCCUUCUGUCUAUUGGUCAGAGCUGCUGUUAAAAUAUUCAAAUUAAUAUAUUAAUGAAUUCAUAUUCAAUUAAUUUUGCACAGUACUGUAUAUUUAACAUGUACAUUCUGCUCAGGCUACCUGGAUGCUUAUAUUGCCAGAAAGAACAUCAGAUUCUGUACCAAACUUGAGUUCCUAUUGACACAGUGAAACACUUUAUACCAGGGGUCGGGAACCUUUUUGGCUAAGGGAGCCAUGAAAGCCACAUAUUUUAAAAUGUAUUUCUGUGAGAGCCAUAUCACAUUUUUCAACACCGAAUACAACCAAAUGUGUGUAUUUUUAAGCAAGAAUAAUAAGUCUCUGAAUUUAUUCUUUUUAAUAACGUUGUUAUACUGAAGCUAACCAAUAAUAAAUAAACAGGCUACCGCGCUACCCAAUAAUAAUCAAGUUUUGGUGUCUGACCCGGAAAAUAUGGGAGGGACACCUGGCAUUGGCUCUGGCCACCUGCAUUGCGCUAGAAAAUGGAUGGCUGGAUUAAAAUGCAUAAGAAAGUUUUAUAUUUUGAACAUUAUUUUAACACUGUGAGUUCUGUAAUGUUUUACUUUAAAAUGUCAGCAUAAACAUUUGAAAUAAAUCCAUUUUACGGUUUUAUUAAAUGUCUGAGAGCCAGAUGCAGUCAUCAAAAUUGCCACAUCUGGCUCCCCAGCCAUAGGUUCCCUACCCCUGCUUUAUACAAUUUCCGUAUUGACCUGAAUAUAAGAUGACCCCUCUUUUUCAACACCUGUUUUUGCAAAAUGAUUUUUAAGACCAAAAAAAAAAGGCAAAAUAAAUGUUUUUAAAUUAUAUUUUCAAUAUCUGUGAGAUAACUCGUGGUGGUAGAUUGCAAUAACAAAGAAUAUCAUAUUUCUUAGCUGCUUGACAGAUGUUCACUCUGAUUUAAAAUUUGCAUCAUAACUCCUCCUCUGUUGUUUAAUACCUUGCCCAACCUUUGAGAUUGCUUGAGGAAAAGUCAGUGGGCUUUGCCUGUUUGUUUGCAUAUCGUCACCCUGUUCAAAUAAAGACCUACAGUAAGUCAUUUUUUGACGAAAAUUUGUUUUUGGCCUGAAUCACCUCUUAAUAUGCUGGCCAUCUCUUGUAAAAUGACCUAAAUCCUUAGUUAAAAGGAUCAUGCCCUUUAUGCCCUGUACAGUAGGACAAUGGCCUGUGUCAAGAGGGGGACUUAGGCCAUUUUCUUAUUUGCCUAAGUCAAUAUUUUUGAUUGAUUGAUUGGUCAAACAUGAUGAAAUCAUGAAACCCAAUGGAUCUUACUUCUCAAGUAUCAGACCAGGCAAAAAAGCCUCCCCUUCUCUGAGAACUCUGAGUCGGUUUUCCCAAAAACUUGAAAAUAUGACUUAGGACCUUGUUUUAAUAGGGUGACGUAACUCACCUGGUUCAGCCACCCCUGCUUUCCGCCCAGGCUCAAACCAGGGUCUGUAGAAUGAGAGUCGAGAGGGCUAGCCAGCAAGCUAAAAGCCUGAACUGUCAACUCGAUGUUCAGUGCAACUCUUAAGGUGUCAGGGAGUGAGGUUUACCAACGUACAUCUUGUGCAGCAGCACCAGUUGGCGUCUUUUCCACAUAUAUAAAUUCUACAUCCCAAAUGUAAAUUGACGAGUCUUUUUCCGACUUUUCCCCUUAUAUUCAGCUCAAUACGGCACAUUGUCGCUGUUCAGUCAUUUGAGGAAGUAGUCGUAGAAAUAGUAGUAAACCUACCUCUUUUUUUCAGUAACAUCUUCAAUAUUAUCAACUUACUUUUCAUGACCAGCGACUAUUCUGUGUGGACAAAAGUGAGGGACACUGCACUUAAUGAAUUCUUUUGGCCCCUUAGUUCUUCCUGAAUCAUAUUUUCUGUCGAGGCAUUUUGAGCAACUUUCCUUCCAACUUUGUGAGAACAGGUUGGGGAAAGCAUUUUAUUGUUCCCAAUUCACAAAACAAGGUCCAUAAUUUCAUGCUUGGAGUGGCACUUUAAUUAAUGAAACACCUUUGGGAUGAACGAGAACAGCGUUGGUGAGCCAGCAAGCUCUCUUGACAAAAAAAAACAACAAAAAACACUCCAACAUCUUAAAGAAAGUCCUGCCAGAAGAGUGGAAGCUAUUAAAGCUGCAAAGGGAGUCGUAAUAGAAAUCUGUCCCUUUACUUUUGUCCAUAUUGACUUCAGCCAUAUCGAACAUCAUCAACCACUAUUCCGUUUUACGCAAUUUUCACUUUCAGCAAACCAGAUGUGGCAAUUUAAGUUGAUUUCUACUUGCUUUUACAUUUUGUGUGUACAUUUAUUGAUCAAAAUGAUGAAUGAUAAACACUGGAAGUGUCAUGUGAAAACGUGCGUCAUGCAUGUGGAAGAAUUUUGCAGUGGAUUCCGUCCCAUCUAUGUGUGAGAAACAUGUAAUAUUUCUGUGUAGAUUGUCAGUCAUCCAGGUAAUGUUAGCGCGCAAAGGUUGAAUUGAGGCAACUGGACUCCGACUAAUGAGCUGUGAGCUUCACAUUCCACUCUUCCUGUGGAAUGAGACAAUCUGUGGGGGAGAGAUGUCAGGACAUUGUUGUCAGGAGACAACAGGUGACGUUUACCACCAGAUAACGAACGACCUACAACAGCAACCCUAUAGUAACCACCCCAGGAGGACACACCCACCAGAGACGUAAAUAGGAAGACUCCACACGUAAAAAUGCAGGGCUGAAGAAGCCCUUUUAAGGUGAAACGUCUUCAACAAACAAGUUCCUCCAUUCAGCCUUUGCAGAGGAAACGUGUAUGCACGAUUCCACUUUCAAAUAAUGAUUUUUGUGUAAAAUGUAUGUACAAUCAUGAUGGACUUGUAGUGCACUGAUUGGCAACAAACAGUGGUUACCGUAAUUGUCAGUGAUCCCUGUCAGCACGUGUUCAUUUGAAGGAAACUUCUAUUUUGUUUUACCAAAAAUAUAUAUCUAUAGAUAAAGGAGAUACAGGAUGUGAAAGCUAUUUUGGAGAAAAAAAAUCACUUGAUUUUUGCAAUUGUUCACAUGCAGUGUAGAUCUAGAUCAUGUAGACUGGCGCACAGGUGUAAUGUGUUGCAUGUACAUAAUAUGAAAGUGUGGCCUGUUAUUUCUGGGUAUGUUUUGUACCUGCAUUGUAAGUAGCAUUUAAAGAUGUUGGUUGUAUAUUUAUUUUUGUAUUUAUUGGAGGAAAGGGUUUUUCCACUUUCCUUUGCUCCUAACUCAAAGUAACCCUUUAUUCACCAGGCCAGACGAACAUUAUUGAAGACAAUGAUUUAGAAAAAGGCAUAGUUUAUACCGGAUAUUAGCAGUGCAGUCAGGGUUUUAAGUGUUCGUUACAGAUGUGACUAAUUUCCUAAAGCAAAUGUUACUUCUAAUAAUGUUUGCCUUUGUGACUAAGGACAUUUCUAAGUUAAAAGCAUGUUAAAUCAUAUAUUAUAUGGAUGUUUCGAAUAAAUAAUUUAUUUUCUCUUAUAUAUUUUAUAGCCAUUUCAGAUGACUGACUUGAAGAAAUAAAAUUCCGCCCAAAACAGCACACUUGAUCUAAUGAAAGCUAAUGUAAAGUUUUUCUUCUGUCCCAUGAAAACCCUGUUAUCAGCACAUUUCUUUUGACUUAUGUAAAAAAAUAAAUGAAUUAAAUGGGCGACUCUAAAUUGUCCAUAGGUAUGAGUGUGAAUGGUUGUUUGUCUAUAUGUGCCCUGCGCCUGUCGCCCGAAGUCAGCUGGGAUAGGUUCCAGCAUACCCCCGCGACCCCAAUGAGGAGAAGCGACAUAGAAAAUGGAUGGACGGAUGGGAAAAAACAAAAUAUCAAAUUUUUAAGUGUUCAGCAACCGCCCAACUAUUCUCUUUCCAUCUGGUUUGCCGCUUCAAGUGUGCAACGUUUUGUUUUCACACAAGGUGACAUUUUCCUAAUUCUGUUGCAGCACAACUGAAAUAUACACACCGACCACAACAAAUGGUACACUCGCACAAACUACACGCUGCCUUUACAAAGAUAGUAAGGCUCAGUAUUUUCAUAUUGUUCUUUUUUUGUUAUUAUAUGGGUUUGCGGUGGUAUAGGGCUGUAUUCCGCUGAAAUGAAUACAUAAGCUUGCAGAUACUAAAACGGUGUGUCUAGUAUCUGCAUGUACCGUUUUUGUUAGAGUAGACACCAUCUCACUUUCCUCAAUCAACAUGAUGGGAGCCUGAAGUUUCUAUUGGAAGCAGUACCCCACGGAUAUAGGCUGUCAGUUGUGUUUAGAGUGUGUCUUAUCACUGUUGGGUCAAUAUAAUUGCUGGAGGCACAUCCUAGCACUGGAAUACACUGUUGCAAGUGUCUGGAUCUUACAAAAUGUCUAUGAAUAUAAACAAUGCUCCUAAAAUAUGCGGAGUGUAGGUAUCCAUGCUUUGCAUUAUGUCUGUAUAGUGAAGGUAAUGAGCAGGUAUUUUUUUUGGAAGAACAGUUCCCAAACCAAAACCACAAUAAUACACACAUUGUUAAAUGAAUGCAUGUCUCAAUCAGAAAUGCGUAUUAUACAGCUCUUGCAUUGGAUCUUUACAUUGUGCAGGUAUGGCUUUCACCCCCUAUUUAUUGUUUAUGCUCCAUUUUAGCUGUUGCAGUUAUAGUUUAGUCUAAUAUAUCAGUGAGGAAAGUAUUUAUAAAGCUUAUGUUGAUGACAUUACACAAAGUUCUUUUAAUAUAACACACUUUAUUUGACAGGAAUUAAAGAAAUCUGUGUGACACCCAUCCAUUCAUUCAUUGAGAGUCCUGCUUUUUCUCAACGUGAAUUAGAUCCUUGUUUGAAAUGCAUCCACUAUUUCAAUUCCACUGCAAACUACAACCACAAUAAUAUUGUGUCAUUCAAAAAAAAAAGAUCUUUGUAUAGGUGGAAAUUUAGAUACAGCUACUGUAUUGCACCUCAUUCAGCUGUGCAGGUACCGUAUACCUCAUUAUGUGUCCCGUG